AUGAACAGCCCAGGACGUCCAUCCUGCAGCAGCCCAGGACAUCCAUCCUGCACACGAGCAGCCCAGGACAUCCACCCUGCAGCAGCCCAGGACAUCCACCCUGCACACGACCAGCCCAGGAUAUCCACCCUGCACACGAGCAGCCCAGGACAUCCACCCUGCACACGAGCAGCCCAGGACAUCCACCCUGCAGCAACCCAGGACAUCCAUCCUGCACACGAGCAGCCCAGGACAUCCACCCUGCAGCAACCCAGGACAUCCACCCUGCACAUGACCACCCAGGACAUCCAUCCUGCACACGAGCAGCCCAGGACAUCCACCCUGCACACGACCAGCCCAGGAUAUCCACCCUGCACACGAACAGCCCAGGACAUCCAUCCUGCACACGAGCAGCCCAGGACAUCCACCCUACACACGACCAGCCCAGGACAUCCACCCUGCACACGACCAGCCCAGGACAUCCACCCUGCACAUGAACAGCCCAGGAUAUCCAUCCUGCACACGAGCAGCCCAGGACAUCCACCCUGCAGCAGCCCAGGACAUCUACCCUGCAGCAGCCCAGGAUAUCCACCCUGCAGCAGCCCAGGAUAUCCACCCUGCAGCAGCCCAGGAUAUCCACCCUGCACACGACUAGCCCAGGACAUCCACCCUGCACAUGAACAGCCCAGGACAUCCAUCCUGCACACGAGCAGCCCAGGACAUCCACCCUGCAGCAGCCCAGGACAUCUACCCUGCAGCAGCCCAGGAUAUCCACCCUGCAGCAGCCCAGGACAUCCACCCUGCACACGACCAGCCCAGGACAUCCACCCUGCACAUGACCAGCCCAGGACAUCCACCCUGCACAUGAACAGCCCAGGACAUCCAUCCUGCACACGAGCAGCCCAGGACAUCCACCCUGCACACGACCAGCCCAGGACAUCCACCCUGCACACGAGCAGCCCAGGACAUCCACCCUGCACACGAGCAGCCCAGGAUAUCCACCCUGCACAUGAACAGCCCAGGAUAUCCACCCUGCACACGAGCAGCCCAGGACAUCCACCCUGCACACGAGCAGCCCAGGAUAUCCACCCUGCACACGAACAGCCCAGGAUAUCCACCCUGCACACGACCAGCCCAGGACAUCCACCCUGCACAUGA